AAUCAGUAUUCAAUAUGUGCGACGAGCGGUCAGAAGUUGAGACUCUGCGUGAGAUAUAUUACCUAACCCAUGGUAUCAUGGCGGGCACCAGUUGGCGAAAGUUGUUGGCGUUGGGAGACUCCCUGGAGCAGCAGCUAAAGCGCAAACUUCUCUGGGUGUGGCCCUCGGCGGUAGACUUGGAUUACUUUAAUCAACUAUUGUCCAUGCAUGACAUCCGGAAUGUCUUGAGCGUUGGCUGCGGCACCGGGCUCCUGGAAUGGCUGAUAACAGCAGCUGGUGGAAAGAAAGCAUCUUUGUUCGGUUUGGAAGUGGAUCGGAACUGGUGGCAGAGCAAGUACUCGGUGCGCAGCUUCAUACCUCUGAAUUAUGCGGAAAAUUCCACCCAACUGAACGCAGAUUUCCUCAAUAGCUGCUGCGAUAACGCCCCUCCUUGCGCCCUGCUUUUCUGUUACUUUAACAAUCGACGCGCUUUCUUGGACUAUCUUGAGGUAUUUCGAGGCAGGUGGAUAAUAUUGAUUGGCCCGCAGCCAGCCUUGGGUAUUCACACCGAUCCCAAUCCCAUUCAGCCCCAACUACCCGGCAACCAGUGGACAAUUCGAGAACGCCUCAACUGGACUGAUCGAAAUGUUGUAGCGUUCUACGAGAAGAUUAGUGUUUAGUAACUAUAAUAUAAUUGUAGUAAUAAAACAUUGCCUUAUUUCCCUA